UCUGGGGCUGCUUCCGGCUCCUUUCAGCGGGGACCAGGGGCUGAUCUGCUUGGUGCCGGGGGCCGGCAGCUUUUAUCCUGCCCCGCAGGGGGCCUGGCCCCUUCCCGAACCCUCUGGCCCUGCCGGACGCCAUUGUCUAUUUUUAUGAGGCUGAUGGCUCGGAAUGACUCACGGCCCAAAAUGCAGCAACUGCGUCCCCAGCCUGGAUUCCUUCGCUGCAAAUAGCGUAGCUGAGCUCUCAGACAGAAGCUCAGGUUACAGGCAAGUCCCCCCCUUCCCGGCAAGUUCCCCCCUUCCCAGCUGGGACCUGGCACAGGAGAAACAGUCCCUGCCUACCAGCAUCAUCUUGCUGUGGGGGAAAGCAGCAGUUCCCAAGCACCUGCCCCAAGGCUGGUCAGCUGUUCAGCACCAUCCCUGCCACAGCAGACUGACAGGCUGGCCCCCCCCCGCUUUCUAGCUGUGGGGUACUGCUAAGAGGAUCAAAUCAGGGUGUGUUGCUCAGAGUCAGGACUAAUGGAGAAACCCCCUUAUCCUUCCAUUCCAGGGGUGCCAGCUCCUUCCCUUGGGAGGUAGCUACCCCCAGGGCAGGCAAGGCUUGGACCCUCAAUCUUGGGCUCUAGAGGCAGAUCCCUUAGCCAAUGCACCACUAGAGGAGCCUCCCAACCUGCUUACAGUCUGGAGCCCCCUUAUCCUUCCUACUUUCCAGUGGUGCCAGCUCCAGCCCUUGAGACGCUGGUGGCCCCAAGCCGGAGGGCCCUUCACUAGAAAGCACCACACCAGUCACACACAGAACUUCUGGUUGCCACUCUGGCCAGCAAGAAGUCUCACAAGCCAUCCCCUGUGAAAACACUCCAGUUUUCCUGUGCCCCAACCAGCGCCCCUCCUUACACUGACGAGAGGUUAUAAAAACCAAUCCCACCAACUCCGAACAGGUUCUCCCGGUCCCAAGGGACCAGCCACACUCCCAGGUCAGAGAUCCAGCCCCACAGAGCAUGGUUGGACCAAUCCUUUAGAAUCGGAAAGUUUAUUAAUGAAAGAAAAGGUUGAGGGGAGAAUCGUUAAAGGAAUUAAAGUGCAGACAACAAUGACAAAGCUCCUGCUGCAGGCUCUUAGCAGAGAUGGAAUAAACGGCUUGCCUCCUGUGUUAGGAUGGGCCGUCAGUCCUCCGGGACCCUUUAUCCAUAGCCAAGAUGCUUCUGAAGUGAUGAGCUGGAGUGAAGACAAUUGGAGGAAUCCCCAGGGCCCUGUUUUAUAAUCUUGCCCGUGUGGAGGGAAUCCGACUGUUCUCGCUGGGGGAAGGUGCCUCCUAAAAUGGAGUUUGUCACAUGAGCAAGUCACCUGUUCACAGCCUUUUUAGGGGAGCUGCCUUCUACCUGCUUGACCGCAGGUUGACAGCAGAAUUCCUCGGGGCUAUGUCUACACUCGCGGCUUCUUGCACAAAUACAGCCGUUCUUGCGCAAGAAUCUGCAGAGCGUCCACACUGCCUGCCUGCUCUUGCAGAAGGAAAUUUACAGCGCGGCGUGGUAACAGAGGGCUUCUUGCGCCAGAGCUACGCUCUUUAAUGGGGUAAGCCCUCUUGUGCAGGAGCUCUUGUGCAAGAGGGCAGUGCGACGCUCGGCUGGGAUUUCUUGCGCAAGAGAGCCCUAUGGCUAACAUAGCGGUCGAAGCUUUCUUGUGCAAGAGAGCAUCCACACGGCCAUGGGAGCUCUUGUGCAAAAGCACAGCUCGCACAUGGCAGUGUGGACGUUUCCUUGCACAAGACUUCUUGCACAAGAACCCUUGCGCAAGAUGUUCUUGUGCAAGGAGCCGCCAGUGUAGACACAGCCCAGCUGUGUAUGGUCAGCGCUUAAGGUUCCUGGUCGGUGAAGCGCUGCUGUGCACUGGAGUAGCCAGACUGGGGGACGCCUGUUGAGAUCUCCCAGAAACAAACAUUUGAAGGACAAGUACCGAGCCAACACUCGUAACUUUACAAACAAAAGGCAUCCAGGCCCGGGGGCAGGACGAACAGAACCCACAACGCAUCGGCUUUCACCAGACACCUCACUUGCCCCCUUUGCACAACUCUGGGGCACACGCAACAAGGUGCUGCCUGUUCACAUCGAAAAUCCAAUCAUGUCCCGCUAGCCCCCUGUAACAUACCCCCAGCGGCAGGGAGUGUCCACACGACGGCUCUUCCAGGCCAGGCGGCGGGGUGGCACGCUCAGUGCACCGGUAGGGAAAUCAGCAUCCUUAGCCCAUCCAGGGAUGAGUUAUCGCGCCCAUUUCAGGAGCACCCUGAGUGGGGAGACUUCACGUGCUAGGCCUGGCACUCUCAGCGAGGAAUCCCUCAGCUCGAGAGAAGCAAGGCGCAGGGAAGAGAAACUGAGGCAUGGAGAUGGGGAAGUGAUGUGACAAAGGACACCAGCAGAGCCGGGAACAGAUGCUGGGGCUCCCAUUCCCAGCCUGCGGGCCUGCCCACUCCAGCCCACUGUGUCUGACGAUGGGCCUUCAGCCAAGCACAGUCACUCCCUGCUGCUCAACCUGGAGGGGAUGAGCUAGAGCCAACGGGGAGAGACCAGGGCUGGACAGCUGGGGCUGGCAGGGCCUGUGCCAAGGAAGGAAGGUCACAGACCUCGGCAAGGGGGACUCCGAGCCGCCAGGAGUUUCUAUUUAGAGGCAGAGACGCUGCUGCUAAUUAUAAGCACUGAGCCAGGAGUGCGACAUGGGAGCUGCCUGUUCCGGGGCUGAGUAAUGGGAAGGAAUAGUCCCAUUCAGUCAGAGGGACCUGGCGGGGGCGGCAGGCCCAGAGGGUUCGGGAAGGGGCCAGGCCCCCUUGCGGGACAGGAUAAAAGCUGUCGGCCCCCAGCAUGAAGCAGAUCAGCCCCUGCUCCCCGCUGAAAGGGCUCGGCCCUAAGCCAGGAGCAGCGAUGCUCUGCCACCUGCCCCUCCCGCCAUGCCCUCACGGCUCCCUGGCUGCUGAGCUGGGCUCCAUGCUCAUGCUGUGGCCAGCCCCGGGCACCCUCUUGGCGGAGCUGGAGCAGGAGCUGCUGCGGGAGUUGGAGACGACCAGGGAGUUUGCCAGCAGCAGGGGGCGGCUCGUGGCCGGCGGAGGGAGCAGCAGCCUCGCUGGGGAGCCAAGCCAGAGCUCCGGCCAGGCGCCGCCCCAGCCCUUCGCCGUGCGGCAGGACGUCCGGGGCUUUGCGCCCGAGGAGCUGAGGCUGAAGCUGGUGGGCAGGAAGCUGCUGCUGACGGGCAGGAAGGAGACGCAGCGCGAGGACGGCCAAGGCGCCUUCUCCUACAAGUACGAGGUGCUCAGGAGGGAGUGGGACGUGCCCGAGGGCGUGGACACCGACCGCCUGGCCUGCUCCAUCUCCGGGGAGGGGCAGCUGCGCAUCGAAGCCCCGGGCCUGCCCCCAGCCGCCGCCCCCGAGAGGAACGUGCCCGUCCAGGUCAGCCCUGCAGGGAGCUCGGCGGCCUCGGCUGAGCCGGGCUCAGAGGACGGUGGGCUGAGCUGA